AAUGCCUGUAUUUAUAUAGUGGCUUCUAGGGUUCUACAACCUCCCAAGGUACUUUACAACUAAUCAGUCACCCAACGACUCACACACAUUCACACGAGCAGGAACGUGAUAAUUAUUUAUAACGUUUACACUGAAAUACACUUCAUACAGGCUGGAAAAAACCUUUUCAAGGCCCAAAUAAAUCUGAAGUCCAACUGGUUAUGAUUAGAAAUUUUCAGAGAAUUUAGGAAGUUCACCAUUUGAUAAUUUGCUUUGUUUUUAUUAACAGGCAUCAUGAUUCCUGUGAUGGAAUUUCGUCAGUUCUCUGAACAGCAGCCAGCGUUCAGAGUUCUGAAGCCGUGGUGGGACGUGUUCUCUGAAUACCUGUCUGUGGUUAUGCUCAUGAUCGGGGUCUUUGGAUGCACUCUGCAGGUCAUGCAGGAUAAAAUCAUAUGCCUUCCACUGAGAAUGUCAUCUGUUUCACAGAACAUCAGUGAAGUGGGAAUGAAGUCACUGUUUCAUUUGCAGCCCAACACAUCAGCUGUGCCAGAAGAAAUGACAGGCCGGAAAACCUAUCUGGAUUUGCAACAAUACAGUUUUAUCAAUCAGAUGUGUUAUGAAAAAGCUCUCCAUUGGUACGCCAAGUACUUCCCCUAUUUGGUUCUCAUACACACUCUAGUUUUCAUGGUAUGCAGCAACUUCUGGUUCAAAUUCCCUGGCUCAAGUUCCAAAAUAGAGCAUUUUAUCUCAAUGCUUAGCAAGUGUUUUGACUCUCCCUGGACCACUCGCGCUUUGUCCGAAGUGUCAGGAGAAAACCCAGAAGAAAAGGACCAUAAAAAGAGCAGUACAUCUAGGUCCAGUACUGGUGUGUCUCCUGAAGAAGGAACUCUUCAGAAAGCGCCGUCUCUCCAUUCUAUCCCAGAAAGGCUUGUAGUGGAACAGCCAACUGCCAGUGUCCUCGAUAAAAAAGAAGGCGAACAAGCUAAAGCUCUUUUUGAAAAGGUGAAGAAGUUCCGACUACACGUUGAAGAAGGAGAUAUCCUCUACCUUAUGUAUGUUCGUCAGACUGUUUUCAAGGUGAUCAAAUUUCUUGUGAUCAUUGCUUAUAAUAGCUCUCUGGUGAACAAAGUGAGGAACAGAGUGCGUUGUGAAGUUGAGGUCCAGGAAAUGACGGGUUAUAAAGAGUUUCUGUGCAAUCACACCAUGGCUCACCUGUUUUCUAAGCUGUCUUACUGUUACCUGUGUCUGGUUGCGGUCUAUGGAUUAACGAGCCUCUAUACCUCCUACUGGCUGUUUUACCGUUCACUGAAAGAAUAUUCCUUUGAGUAUGUGCGUCAGGAAACCGGAAUCAGUGACAUCCCAGAUGUCAAAAAUGACUUUGCUUUCAUGUUGCACAUGAUUGAUCAGUACGACCCACUCUAUUCAAAACGAUUUGCUGUUUUUCUCUCUGAGGUCAGUGAGAACAAACUGAAGCAACUUAAUCUCAACCAUGAGUGGACUGCAGACAAACUACGUCAGCGACUUCAGACAAAUGCAAAUAACCGACUCGAACUUCAGCUGUUCAUGCUCCCUGGUUUACCAGACACUGUCUUUGAGUUGACUGAGCUACAGUCAUUAAAACUUGAAAUCAUUAACAAUGUCACGAUCCCAGCCUCAAUUUCUCAACUGGAAGACCUCCAGGAGCUUUCGCUUUUCCAGUGUGCUUUGAAGCUACAUACAACUGCUACUUCCUUCCUUAAGGAGAAUUUGAAAGUGCUUCGCGUGAAGUUUGAUGACAACAGGGAACUUCCCAACUGGAUGUAUGGUCUACGCAACCUAGAAGAACUGUAUCUCACUGGGUCACUCAGUCCUGAUGCUUCAAAAAAUAUAGUUCUUGAGUCGCUGCGUGAGUUGAAAGGCCUGAAAAUUCUCUACCUUAAGAGCAAUUUGACUAAGAUCCCGCAGUCAAUCGUAGAUGUGGCCAGCCAUCUUCAGCGGCUGUUUUUACACAAUGACGGCACUAAACUAGUAAUGCUUAACAACCUGAAAAAGAUGACCAAUCUGAUAGAGUUGGAGCUAGUGCAUUGCAAUCUGGAACGCAUUCCACAUGCAAUCUUCAGCCUGACAAGUCUGCAAGAGCUCGACCUGAAAGAAAAUAACCUUCGCUCUAUUGAGGAGAUUGUCAGCUUCCAGCAUCUUCGAAAGCUCACUUGUCUUAAACUUUGGCACAAUAGUAUCAUGUAUAUCCCAGAGCAUAUCAAAAAGCUCAGCAGCCUGGAACGCCUCUACUUCAGCCACAACAAGAUCGAGAUAUUGCCCUCACACCUGUUCUUGUGCACCAAGCUGCGCCAUCUUGAUCUGUCCAACAAUGAUAUCCGAUUCAUCCCUCCAGAAAUUGGGGUCCUUCAAAAUCUGCAGUAUUUCUCGGUCACAUGUAACAAAAUUGAAAUCCUACCAGAUGAACUGUUCUUCUGCAAAAAGCUCAAAACCUUAAAGCUGAGCAAGAACUCGCUGUCCAUACUUUCUCCAAAAAUAUCUAACCUUGCUCUGCUGACUCACCUGGAGCUCAAAGGCAACCAUUUUGAAUUCUUGCCGCAGGAGCUUGGUAAUUGUCGUGCUCUGAAGCGCAGUGGCCUUAGUGUGGAGGAGGUGCUGUUUGAAACUCUUCCUUCAGAUGUCAGGGACGAAAUGAAGGCCGAGUGAGAUGCCUUACUGUUGCCACCGUGCCUGCUGUAUUCGCUAAAUCAACUCCGAGCAUUCUUUUUUAAGUCAUCAUUUUAAAAUUGAGGUAUUGCACUAUUUUCAAUGUUUUAAAUGGGGCAUAUUAUGGUUUCUUGUUUGUUAUAAUAGUCCUAUGGUCCGUAAAAACAUGUUCAUGAAGUCUUUUGUAAAAAAAAAAAAAACUGGCCUCAGAUUAAGCAAUUUCCUUAUUGUGACAUCACAAUAAGCAACUUUAUAAAACUGCUAGCUUUAGACAUAACAUUUCUGAAACCAAACACUAUCAAAAAUGGCUGGUAAUUCACAUUUGGAGUGUUCAUAGAGGCAGUAGAGGCCCACAUGGCAGCAAAGAACAUACAAAACAUGAGAUUUGCAUAAUAUGUCCUCUUUAAUCUUGUCGUUGAUGGGUAUUUUUAUUUUUUUCAGUUGUAUAAAUGUAAAAAAAAUGCUAUUCCAUAUUCCUCCAAAUAUAUAUUGGAGUAAUUAUUUCAAUCAGAUACUUCUCCCCAAUCGAAACAACAGUUGGUGUUGUAUUUCAUAAAAUUAAAAUGCCAGAUUUAGGCCCAUUCAUAUUUCCCUUUACUUACAUAAAUGGCUGUGUUUGUUUCAAAUUCUGUGAAUGUCACCACCUCUUUUAGAGGGUAGGGUACACCCAAGUUUCUUUGUUUUGAGCACGGGGUUCAGGGGCCACAAAGAGGGGGCCCGCGGGCCGCCUAUUGAGGACCACUGAACUAGACUAAUAAGGCUUUUCAACAGUGAUCAAUACAACACCAAGUGGUAUUAUUUGGGGGAGAAGUUACUCAUUGAAAAGAGAACAUUGCCAAAUUUUGGGAGUACUAUAUAUCAUCAUUGAUAGUGUGGCCGCUAAGGAACAUAUCCAGCCACAAGUCCUUCAUAAAAGAAUAGCAUUUCUAGCUGUACUCAUUUUCCUCCUUAGUAACUCAUUCCAAGUAUUUUCUCUGUACAGUGAACAUUAUUCAAUUAUCACUGAAAGGGCUUGCAAAACACGUGUCAGGCUAACCGUGUUGGCCUUAAUUUCUUAUAUUGCAAAGUGAUAUUUAAAGUGUCUUUAACCAGUUUUUUUGUUUAUUUGUUUGUUUUAUAUUAAAUAUAUAUAUAUAUAUAUAUAUAUAUAUAUAUAUAUAUAUAUAUAUAUAUAUAUACACACUGUUUCUUUUGAUCGUAUUUACUGUCAUUGCUACAUCAAUUCAUUUUGGUCAUCAAAUGUACAUCUAACCCAAAGGCCUCACUAAGUGUUGGCUGGUUGCCUUGUUAUGUAUUAUAUAUGCAUAUAAACCAACCCUAUUUACAGACAUGUUGAGAGGUUUUCUAAAUUAUAUAUUUUUUUAAACACACAAAAAUCUUUAAUUUUUUUUAGGUGAGGAAUUUAUUUUCAGUACUUUCUAAGUUUGUUGUAUGAGACAGAAUAAUCUAAAAUAAUGACAAAAACACCUUGUCCUUUUUGAACAUUCUGGAACUGCUAACAUUAGUUAUUACAUUUUCAGAGAAGGAAAUUGUUUUCAUUCUUGAUCACAACAAGAUUUAAUGUGUCCGAGUUCUAAAGCAUUUAUUUUUUUUCUAUAGAAUGCUUCAUACAUAACAUACUUCAUAACAGGGUAGCAAUCUUGACACCACGCGAGCAGCUCUGGAAAAAUCUUUUUUGUUUCUUUGCGGACAUGUAGGGAAUUAUGGAAUAAGAACUACAGUAUUGUACUGCCACCACAGACCUUCCAGUAAAAGAUGCCUUUAUCUGAGCUUUGUGUUUCUCAAUUAUGUUACCAGACACCAUGGAAUCAAUGGUGCCAUCACAGCUGUGCAAGUCUUCAGGCUAUCACUCAUUUUGCCCUUUUGACAAAAACAUGGAUGAUCUCACUCAUUUUUGGCACAAAUAAUCCAGUGCCUAUUAAUCCCAGAGGAAAAUUGCACCCAUCCUAUUAGAGAACAUGUACACAGCUCUCCCUGUUUGAGAUUAGCUCAAACCAACUGAGCCCUACAGAGUUCCCAUCACUUUCUGCAUACAUAAUAAUUGUAGUGAUCCGUCCGUCCUUGCGAGCCUGCUGGAGAGCCCUCGCAGAGAUGGAUAAUGGCGUUGCGUGUCUCUGUACUGACGCAGAAUCAUAAACUAGGCUUAAGAAGCAUGUUGCUUUUCAUGCUAGAGGUUUCGUGUAUGAUCAUGUCAAGAAGUGAGGGCAUUAUAACUUUGUCAAUUUUUUAAAAUGACUAUAUAUAUUGUAAGAUUUCAUGUUAUUUUUCAGUGUAUUUUACGGAUGUUUAUCAGCUAGUACCACACCAAAUCUUGUCAUUAUCUGUAACGUUGAAAGCUUUAUAACCAUUUUGUGAGUUAGAUGUUACAAGCCAUCUUGAAUGAGGUUGAGUCCAAAAACAAAUCAUUCAGGAAAAAAAGUAUAAAGUAAAUUUAGUUUUGUUGCAUUACAGUAAACAAAACCUAACCACAUCUCUGUAACUGGGGUUUGUACUUGUAUUUCUCUCAAGUGACUUAAUUAUUCAGGACUGCAUCAGGGUCAAAAGGAAUAAUUCUGAAUGUAGCUGUAUACCUUAACUAGUCAGCAUUGUAGAAAGCUGGUAUUUUAAACUGCAUUAAACUUGACUUGUUCUGUCA